UUGGCUAUAUUGAGAAUCUGCUAUUUUGAUAAUCUGAUAUUUUAAGAAUCUGAUAUUUUGAGAAUCUGAUAUUAUGCGAAUAAAGGGUCUGCAGCAGCAUCGUGCUGAGCAUGGACUUCGAGAUCUUCUCGGUGGGCUACCUGGUGCCGACCAGCGCCUGCGAGCUCGGCACCACGAGCGCACAGCAGGGGCUCAUGGCUGCGACGCCGGUUGUAGGUAUAAUCGCGACGUCCCACAUCUGGGGCUACCUGGCCGACACGCGCGGCCGCAAGAAGGUGCUGUGCUUCUCCAUGACCCUGAGCUUCGUGGCCAGUACUGCUGCUGCCUUCGCCCCGGAUUGGAUCACCUUCAGUGUGUUCAAGUUGAUUUCUUCCACAUCAGUAGCAGGUGCCUUUGCUCUUGCGUUCACUUUGCUGAGCGAGUGCAACCCUGAGGCAAAGCGGGCGUUCUUGCUGAUACUCACUAGCACUAUUUUCCUUUGCUCUAGUGGAAUCAUGGCAGUGAUAGCUUUGCCGGUCUUGCCUCUCAAGUUCUCAUACUACAUACCAGCCCUCGGCAUCCACUUCAACUCCUGGCGACUUCUGAACCUGAUCUACGGUUUUCCUAGCGCCAUCAGCGCUUUCGGCCUUCUGUUUGCCUUAGAGAGUCCUAAGUUCUUUUUGAGCGUAGGACAAGAGGACAAAGCAUUGGAUGUGUUGAGGACAAUGUUUGUCAUCAAUAACAGAAAAAGCGGAGACGAAUAUCCGAUCAAGUCAUUGGCACUCAACGAAGAGGAGGCGCCGACGGGAUUGACGGGUCUCUGGUCAUCCAUAGUCGCGCAGACGAUACCACUGUUCAAGCCGCCCCUCCUGAAGAAGACUGUACUCAUGUCUGUCAUCUUCGUCAUCACUUAUCUUAGCAUAAACCCGUACGUGAUGUGGAUGCCGUACAUCGUAGAUGGAUUCAUGCGGUCAGUGCGGCGCGGGGAGGCCAACCUGACAUUCUGCGAACGCAUCCGCGCCACUCAUCAUCUCAGUCACAUGGACCAGUUAGAAAAUCAAUGUGCUAUGAAUGAGUUUGCGAUGACGAUGGUCUUCGGUAUCGGCGUGAUUUUAGCAAUUGGGAACACAAUUGCUACCGUCCUUGUCAACUACGUGAAGAAGAAGACAAUGCUCAUAGUAAUACAGAUCAUGGCCGGCGUAUCAGGGAUCUUGUUGAACAGCACUUCUCUGUGGUUCCUGAGCGCUGGGCUGUUCCUGAUGUUCGUCGCCGGCACCAUCAACUUCGGAUUCUUGUCUACCUUCACCGUAGAGAUAUUCCCUACUUAUGUCAAAGCGAUGGCUGUCUCCUUAACCUUGAUGAUGGGUCGAAGCAGUGCUGUGGCUGGCAUCAACGUCUUGAAGGAGCUUCUAAACACCAACUGUGAGGCUUCCUUCUACGUGUUUGGGAGCGUUACUUUAGUGGGCGCUGGUUUCUACUUUCUUCUGCCAGCGGAGGCGUCGCCGGUCAAGACAGCAUCCAAAAACCGGCAGACUGUGCCGUGAUGUGGACAAGACCUUUUCAUUAUCCGUCAUCAUCGAAGACGAUGAAGUGAUGACACUCUAAUAAUCCGCUUAAGCCUAGCUUGGAUUCUAGGGUUUGAAUAAAGUUUUGAGAUUCAAAGGAUUCUCUCACCUUGUAAGCUUAGUAUUUUUAGUUAUCAUA